AUGGCGCCGGACUGGUGGCUCGUGCUCACGGCCCUGGUGUGCGUCGUCGGCUCCGGCGGCGCGGCGCUGGCGCUGCCGAGCUACCAGGGCGAGAUCAUCGACGCCGUCUACGCGCGGCAGCGCGCCAAGUUCCAGAACCGGCUCCUGCUCUACCUCGUCUUCUCCGUGGGCACGGCCGUGAGCCAGGCGCUGCGGGCGCUCUGCUUCCAGGUCACGGGGCGGCGCCUCGCCUGCGCCCUGCGGAACCGGCUCUACCGGGCGAUCCUGUCGCAGGACGUGGCCUUUUUCGAUGCCACGGCGAGCGGCACGCUCACGUCGCGGCUCACGCAGGACGUGAACCAGAUGACGCAGCCGCUGACGACCUUGGUCGGCACGCUCACGUCGGCGAUGAUCUCCCUGGUCGGCGGCGUCGCCAUGGCCUUCUACACGUCCUGGCGCCUGUCCAUGCUCGCGUUCACGACCGUCGGGCCCAUCAUGCACGUCACGCAGGCGUACGCGCAGUGGAGCCGCGAGCAGAACCGGAAGAUCUUGGCGCAUCUGGGCGAGGCCAACGCGGCAGCUACCGAGGCGCUGGCGAACGUGCGCACGGUCAAGGCCAUGGCCACGGACGAGUUGGAGCAGCGGCGCUACGAGGGCCACACGUGCGCCGCGCGCGAUAGAGGGGUCGUCGACGCGUCGCUGUCCGCGACGACGCAGCUCGUGAACAACGUCUUGGAUUACGGCGCCGGCUGGCUGAUUCUGUUUUAUGGGGGCGCCCAGGCCAUGAAGCGCGGCGGCGACAUGUCCGCGGGGAAAUUGGUCACGUACCAGCUCUACUUCAACAAGAUCCAGAGCUCCUACAACCAGCUGAUCUCCUUAUUAUCAUCCUUCACGCGCGCGAGCGGCGCGGCGCAGCGCGUGCUGGGUUUGUUGCAGUCCAUGCCGGAGAAGGGCCGCGGGGGCGACGACUCCGGGGAGGUCGCGGGACGCGUGCGGUACGCGGGCGUCUUCUUCGCGUACGACGCGCGGCCAAACCGGAACGUGCUGGGGGGCUUCGACCUCGACGUGGCGGCGGGGUCGACGCUGGCGUUGGUGGGCAAGUCGGGCUCGGGCAAGACGACGGCGCUCCACUUGUUGCUGCGGUUCUACGACCCGGCGCGCGGCGACGUGCUCCUCGACGGCCGGCCGCUCCGGUCGCUGGACGUCGCGUUCCUCCGGCGCCACUUCGCCAUCGUGGCCCAGGAGACGCAGCUCUUCAACACGACGAUCUACGGCAACAUCGCCUACGGCGUCGACGGCGCGGACCCGGCGGCCGUCGCCGCGGCCGCGGAGGCGGCGCUCGCGGACGAGUUCAUCCGCGACUUCCCCGCGGGCUACGACACGCACGUCGGCGAGCGCGGCGUGCGCAUCUCCGGCGGCCAGAAGCAGCGCAUCUCCAUCGCGCGCGCUUUUCUUAGGAACCCGAAGCUCCUGCUCUUGGACGAGGCGACGUCCGCGCUCGACGCGGAGUCCGAGGCCAAGGUCCAGCGGUCCUUGGACACGCUCAUCGCGGGGAAAUCGGCGACGGUCAUCCUCGUCGCCCACCGCCUCUCGACGGUGCGCAACGCCGACGCCAUCGCCGUCGUCGGCGACGGCCGCGUCCUCGAGCUCGGCGACCACGACGCGCUCGUCGCGCGGAAGGGCAUCUACGCGACGCUCGUGAGCCGCCAGCUCCAGGUCAGCGCGAACACCAUCGACGAGACCAAGGUCGACGCCGCCGCCGCGGCCCACGCCCUCGACAUCGACGAGCUCAUCCGCCAGGCCCAGGAGGCCCAGGACGCGCUCGUCGCCGCGCCCGGGCGUUCGUAA